ACCUGCACGCCAGCACCUGCACUCAUCAACCAACUGCUUCAAGGACAACUUGGAAGACAACACAGCAAAGAAAACCUAUUGACUACCAUUGAUAGAGUAUAAUCUCUCACAGAUCUAACUUUAAACACAACAUGGAGUUUCUAACGAAUCAGUGUCCAACAAUGACAACCUCUGAAAGUCACACCUGGAGCUCCAAGAUGCCCCAUGGCGUGGGCCUGGAGAUCUCCCAUCAUCCCCUCUCCAUGAGGCGGGUGGCGAACCUCAUCAUCGCUCUGGAGCGUCUGAGGGACCACCAGAGGACCAUGAGCCCCGGGUUCAGAGAUGAAGACCUGCUCAGCCUUAUGCUGGAGAGUGUGGUGGAAGAAAAAAUGGUGCUUCAUACGGAGGACCACCAUGGUGAGGAAGGCGCCCGGAUAAGUGGUUUCAGACACCUGGGUGAGGAGGAAGGCGCCCGGAUAAGUGGUUUCAGACAGCUGGGUGAGGAGGAAGGCGCCCGGAUAAGUGGUUUCGAAAAAGGCCAGGGGGUGGAGGAGUGCAGCGUGGUGGACUGUGACAAGAAGCACUGGGUCCUGAUGGCCAUGGAGCUGCAAGCCGUGAGGCUGCAGAAUGGCAAUGGCCACCGCAAAGUGCGUCUGAACCUGUCUACUUACAGGCCACCCUCAUCUAGUCUGGCAGGAGCCAGACCUGUGACCCUAGCCAUUAAGGGCACUCAACUCUACCUGUCCUGCUCUAAAACCUUAGGAAAACCCACCCUGGGGUUGGAGGAGGUAAAAGACGACCUAACGAGGAUCCCUACGGGCAGCGACAACGUGCGCUUCCUCUUUUACCGACGGGAUACGGGCGUGGACAGCAGCACGCUCAUGUCCGCGCUAUACACCGGUUGGUAUAUCAGCACCGGAGUCCAGAAUGGUGUGGAUCAGCAGACGGUGGAUAUGUGCGAGUUGCCACCUAAGCAGCGUUGCACCAACUUUACCGUCAUGAACUAAAGACGACAGUCAAGACUUUAACAGUGUUAGAAAUACAACAUCGUAUAUUUCGUAGGGAUUAUGUAUGUACUAAGUACAGUAAGUUUACACGAACAUUGACUUUACAGUCAAUGUUCACCACAAGAUGGUGCCAUUUGAGGUUUGAAGUUUGAGCACUCGAAGUUUUAAUUUAUCAUUCUGGAACGUUUUCUGUUUGCUUCCAUCAUCACGGUCUUGUAAUGUAUUGAUGCGCAAACAUUACCUUAAUGAUGUUGCAAAACUACUGAAUGAAAUGUUGCUAAUUGCAGAUAAACAUAGUUUAAUUCCAUCUAUAAGGUUAUAUAUAUUUUAUUUAUUGAUUUAUGUAUUAUUUACACCUAUUUAUAAUUGUAAGUAAUUCGUCAUUUGCACUGAUAUUGAAUGCCCCUUGCUGUUGUAUAACAAUGCAGUUAUUCUGAAAUAAAUACACCAU